AAGGGUGGUUCCAACCUUGACCCUCCACACCCGGCACUGGGGACACGGCCCGCAAAGCAUGGCCGCCAAGAAGGAUCCCGCUGCCGAAGCGGCUGCGGCCAUGAACCGAAGAGCCAAGGGGAAAAAACCGAUGAAAGAUUUCAAGAAGUACCUUGUCUACGGUCUUGGCGUUUUUGCGACCAUCGCCGCAGUGUGGCUAGCAGCCACAGAUGGUGGAGGUAAGAAAAAAAGCAGGGACACCUACCGAGCGAAAGCGACCGCAUCAGUGAACGACCGCUACUUUGUCAGCGACGUUACCUCUUACUCAGCAGGGAAUUUCACAGCAGCGGCCAGCCCAUUCUUCAAUGGUUGGUCCUAUGCAGAUGUGAGCUAUGGUCUUGAUGGUGUCAGCAUCAAGGGCGAGGGCAUGAUCGGCUUCGCAGGGGCCUUGCAACGAUGUCAGGACGAAGCCGAAGGCCUCGAGAGCGGCGCCGUGCCGCCGGCCUACGACCUGCGGCAGCAGAAGCCCGGCUGCGAGGCCGGCGAGGUCUACGACCAGCAGAACUGCUCCUCCAGCUAUGCCAUCGCGGCAGCCACCGCGCUAUCCUCCCGAUUUUGCUUCAGUGAUCCAGAGACUUAUGCAGAGACGCGUUUAUCGCCUCAGCAAGUGAUCUCCUGUGACAAGAAAAGUCAGGGCUGCGGCGGGGGCGGCAUCGACUCGGUCUGGAGUUACCUCAAGCGCCGGGGCUUGUUUCCUGAGUCCUGCGUGCCCUUCGCGGGUGCCAAGGAGGCCAAAUGCGAGUCCUCCUGUGAUGCGGCCAAGAAGCUCUAUUCCCUUGAUCACUGCCUUUUGAGUGGCGAGAAGAGGAUCAAGCGCGAGAUCUUCAACCGAGGCCCAGUGGUUGCACCUGUUCUCUUGAAGGAUGACUUUAUGGUCUACAAGAGUGGCGUCUACACCCCCACGGACAAUGCCAACCAGCAGUAUGGCGCCAACGGCGAACCGCUGCUCACAGCAGUGACCAUUAUGGGCUGGGGACGGUCCGAGGGGACACCCUACUGGCUGGUGAAGAACUCUUGGGGCAAAGGUUGGGGAGAAGAUGGCUAUGCCCGCAUGACCAUUGGCACCGGCGUGCUGAGAGAAGAAUCCAUCAUCGUGGGCUAUGCCGCCACACCCGAAGCAUUGGAGGAACUGGCCAGAAAGAAGGAGGCGGAGGAAAAACGAAAGGAGGAACUGAAGAAGGAACGCGCCGAACGCGAUGCCCGCAUCCGUGAGCGCGAGGCGCAGCGAGCCGCAGAGGCCACGGAGAGCGCCAGCGAAGCCGAGGAGGAUUUGGACUUCGAGGAUGAUGAAGAAGUGGACACAGACUCACACGAAGGUGAUGACCCGUGAUCGGCAGCGACGGAACAUCUGGGCUUUGACCCCGUCCAGGGGCCGUACUCAGGCCUUGGGGGAUGGUGCAAGGCCAACUUUUGUGCAGGCACUCAGAAAACGAGCAAUUACUGUUGCGUGCUGUUUGUUCGCAGGCCGCGGAGCACAACGCAUUGCUCCUAGAAACUGCCUGGCAGCGGGCAUUUAAAAAAGUGGUUGCACGAGACCACCAGUGCUGUGGUUUCAUGUUGCGGAUGCCUG